UGUGUGAUGUUGCCCUGGUGUCUGUGAUCUUCACUUCUCUUCCAGAGGCUGUCAAGCCACACAGUAAACCCUGCAGUGCCAUGACUGAGGUGUUGGGAAAGAGGAACUUAUUAGGCUUUGGUGUGGUGUUGGCAUGGCUGGUGCUUUUCCACCUACUGGUCAACAUCUGGUUGCUGUGCAUGUUCACCAGCCUGCUGGUGGUGCUUGGUGGCUGGCUUGGUUCACAGGCAGUCCUGGAGUCCAACAAUGUGGUUCACCUGGAGAGGUUUAUUGCCCUUGAGCAGGUUACAUCCUCUGUGGAGGAUGAGAAUUGCUUGGACCAGGAGAUCCACAACACUGUGAGGAAAAUCAUCAGGGACUUUGUUGCUUCCUGGUACUCCACUGUGUCCUGUGAAAGUGGCUUUGAAACAGAGGUUCAGGAGGCCAUGAUCUCUGUGGCAAUGGAGCUGAAAAUGCGUGCGAGACAACUUGACAGGAAG